AUGAACAAGGAGGAGAAUGCGCUCAUCAUGUACCGUCGCCGCUGGGAGAGAUGCUGGGCCCCCUAUUUUGGUUCCUUCGAGGACGAAACACGUAUUGGUCCCAUGAGGUAUACCUCUGGACCCAUCCCUGCAUUUGCUCUUCCAGAAGAGACCUUGCAGAUCUUCUCCAUCAGAGUCAGGGCCCCAAGAGAUGGCCUCAAGUGGCCACUGCAUGUCCAUGGCUAUGUUGCCACAAGAGAUACGACAGAUCAUAAUCGCAACUAUCUCUUCAGACGUACAAGGGAUAACUGUCAAACCCUCACCCAAAAGGAUCCAUUCUUGCAGUUAACAGGCCCAUCUCGUGGAAUUGUGUACCUUGAUCUGAUUGUGUUUGAAGUUGAGCUAAAAGUGAAGGGCAAAGGGGAGUCUGAAGAUGAAAUGUUGGCUUUCAAUGUCUUUUACUACGACGAGGGGUUUCACUGUGAGCGCAGGAUUUCUAUAUGCAACACCCACAAGCGUUGCACUCUUGAGUAUUCAGUGGCACUGCGGCAACGCGCAGUUGGGGCCACUAUCAGUAUCAGAGUUGUUGAUGGGUCAUGGCCGGAUAAUCACCGAGGACAGGUUGUUUCCCGAAUAUCCGGCGUAAAGGGGAAGAUUGUUUUGCUCGAUUCUGGAGACAGAGAACUGCCCAUCAGUUCGAAUGGCAUGAUUGAGCUUUCAAGGCGUGUUGUUUCUGUGGAAUUAGGAGAGAAACUGAUGGUCGCUGUGGACGCCUCUCUAUCUGAUUUUGUUGAAGGAGCUACUGUUGUCUUCAUGCCAAAAAAGUCCGGCACGAGCCACAGCGUGUGUGAUGUUGGUUCCUGCAAGAUACGAUUUUUCUCAGCGCGGCGCCCCUGCCUCGGGAGCGUCAAUGCCUCCGUGAAGGUGGCGAAGGCGGGCGCGGCUGAGGGCUGCAGCAGGCAGGAGGCCCCCGUGGUCGAGAUCCCCGUCACAUGCUACCAGUGUAGGACAGGACAGAGAGUUAUAGAAGAUAUAACUGAGAAAAGAAAAACAGAAAGGACAAUGCUGCACUGCUAA